AUGGAGGAGAGUGCUGGAAGCAUUGCAGUAAUCGGAGACGACAUAGACACAGCUGGUGUUACCACUCUUGAUGGCGUGGUGCCAAUAACUGGCAGUGUUGGCUUCAAUGGACCAGUCCGUGCAUCUGGUAGCGUCACUAUCUUCGCGAGAUGUGGACCAUCUCGUUUGACGUUUCCGUCGUAUAUUCCUAUGAGUCUUUUCAAAGCAAUGCCGCUGGCUGGUCUGCCGCGGGCUGAAGAAUCUUCUUUCAGUUCCCAUCUCCCGGCGGUUCCUGAAUCUGCUGGAACCGGAAGUUUAUCUGUUUCCGGUGAAACGCCAGUCAACGGAGUGACUGAACUUGAUGGUACAGUGCCAGUUAUGGGUGAUGUGUCAUUCGGAGGACAGGUCGUUACAUCACAAGUAAUUUCAUAUGUACCAAGAAAUGCCAUAGCCAAUCCGGGUCUUCUGGCAGCAAAUCAACAAAAUGCCAUGGCUGCAAAUGCUAUGGCCGCCAAUGCCAUGGCAGCGAACGCUAUGGCAGCAAACGCCAAUAGCUAUAGAGUAGUUCCUAGCAAUGCCGUUGCUGUCCCGAAACCUAAUCAAAAUAACAUUAUCGCCAAUAUACCAGCCACCCAAGCUGCAGCAGCUAAUGCAAACAUCGCGAAUGCUCAAGCUGCAAAUGCCGCAAUUGCCAAUGUACUGAAUGAGAACGCUGCCUUGGCUGCAAGUAGGCAAGAGCUUACUGGUACAGUUACUAAUGCUGAUUUAGCAAACAUAGCAAGUUCCAAUUUCGCUGGACCAAAUGCAAAUUUAGCAGCGUUGGCGAGUAUGGCGAAUAUUAAUGGUAAUAUUGCCACUUUUAACUUCGGCAAUGACGGUCAAGGAUUCACAGUGACCAGUGGAUCACCAGGGAACCAAGGAUUUGGAAUCCAGGUGUUGGCCGAUGCGCUGGAAGUGGGAGGGACUGUCGCUGUGAAUGGUCAUAUUCCGAUAUUUGGUGCAGUGGCAUUGAACGGCAACUUGCCGACCGAUGGUUCUGCAUCUGUAAAUUACAACUGUGGAAGGCAGGCAUCCGCACCUGUACCAGAAUAA